AGGAGCAUUACUGAUUUACUGUGGCAAAACGAAACCGAAAGCCCAGAACGGAAGCCUCGCUAGUUGUAGGUAUUUGUCCUCUCCGUUGGCGCCAAAUACACCAAGAAGUAACCCAACCGAGAAAGGGACUGGGAGCUUGCCAGCCAGAUGAUCAACCCCUCCGAAGCUGCUAAAAGCGCUCUCUUCUUCCGCUCCUCUCUUCCCAGAUUUCGUCUCUCCUCCACGCACGACUCAAACCAUGGACGACGGCGGCAGGAUCCCGGCGCGCCCUACGACGGCGGAGGGAGAGGAGCGGCCGUUGAAGGUGGUGUUCGCGUCCCCGGCCGAGCACUUCACGGACGCGGCGCCUAUUGGUAACGGCAGCCUCGGCGCCAUGGUCUGGGGCGGCGUCGCCUCCGAGAAGCUCCAGCUUAACCUUGACACUCUUUGGACCGGUGUGCCGGGAAAUUACACUGACCCCAGUGUGCCUUCCGCCGUUGCUGUGGUCAGGAAGCUCGUCCAUGACAGACAGUUUGUUGAUGCCACGAACGCAGCCUCUGGCCUUUAUGGUGGCCCGACAGAGGUCUACCAACCUCUCGGAGAUGUCAAUAUAGAAUUUGGCACAUCCAGUCAGGAUUAUAGUUCCUAUAAAAGAGAGCUUGAUUUACAUACCGCGACUGUGCUUGUCACAUACAACAUCGGAGAAGUGCAGUAUACAAGGGAACACUUCUGCUCAAAUCCACACCAGGUCAUUGUGACCAAGCUUUCUGCAAACAAAUCAGGACAUAUCUCCUGCACUUUAUCAUUAGAUAGCAAAUUAACUCACAGUGUUCGUGUAACCAAUGCAAAUGAGAUGAUCAUGGAUGGCACUUGUCCAGGACAAAGACACGUGCUGCAGCAAAACGAAACCAAUGACGCCACUGGUAUUAAGUUUACAGCUGUUCUUAGCCUGCAGAUGGGCGGUGCUAUGGCAAAAGCAGAAGUUCUGAAUGAUCAUAAUUUGAGAAUUGACAAUGCAGAUUGGGUGCUUUUGCUGGUUACAGCUGCUUCCUCAUUCAGUGGGCCUUUCAUCAAUCCUUCAAACUCGAAAAUAGAUCCUGAAUCAGUAGCUCUGAGAAACUUGAACAUGAGCAGGAAUGUCACAUUUGAUCAGCUCAAAGCCGCUCAUUUGAAAGAUUAUCAAGGUCUUUUUCACCGUGUUAGUCUGAUACUAUCACACGCACCAGCUAUUGAAAAAACAAACUUGAAUGAAACUGGUGAAGCCAUCAAGAUUACAGCAGAAAGAGUGAAUAGUUUUAGAAGCAAUGAGGAUCCUUCUUUGGUUGAACUUCUAUUCCAAUAUGGUCGAUAUCUGCUCAUUUCGUGCUCUCGGCCUGGAACGCAGGUAUCUAAUCUGCAAGGAAUAUGGAAUCAAGAUCUUUCACCUGCAUGGCAGUCUGCUCCUCACCUCAACAUAAAUCUUCAGAUGAAUUACUGGCCAACACUUCCUUGCAACCUUGGUGAAUGCCAAGAACCACUAAUUGACUUCAUAGCAGCUCUUGCAGUUAACGGAACUAAAACUGCGAAAAUCAAUUACCAAACAAGUGGCUGGGUAACGCACCAUGUGUCAGACAUAUGGGCAAAAUCAUCAGCUUUCAACGAAGAUGCCAAGUAUGCAGUGUGGCCGAUGGGGGGUGCCUGGCUUUGCACACACCUUUGGGAACACUACCAGUAUUCGUUGGACAAGGAGUUUCUGAAGAACACUGCUUAUCCAUUGCUGGAAGGAUGUGCGCUGUUCUUGGCUGAUUGGUUGACUGAGGGACGUAAUGGUUAUUUGGAAACAAAUCCCUCUAUUUCUCCAGAACAUUCUUUCAUUGCUCCUGAUUCUGGUGGUCAGCAAGCUAGUGUAAGCUAUUCAACUACGAUGGAUGUCUCAAUUAUCCGAGAGAUAUUCAUGGCAAUCAUUUCUUCUGCAGAGGUUUUAGGAAAAUCUGAUUCUACUCUGGUCCCCAAGAUAAAAAAGGCGCUCUCAAGGCUCACUCCUAUCAUGAUUGCUAAAGAUCACACAAUCAUGGAGUGGGCGCAAGAUUUUGAGGACCCUGAAGUUCAUCAUAGGCACCUGUCACAUCUCUUCGGUCUUUAUCCUGGUCAUACUAUAACCAUGCAGAAAAAUCCUGGGAUAUGCGAAGCUGUUGCUAAUAGUCUUUACAAACGAGGGGAAGAUGGCCCUGGAUGGUCAAGUACGUGGAAGAUGGCUUUGUGGGCACGCCUUCUUAACAGCCAGAAUGCAUACAGAAUGAUUCUAAAGUUGAUCACGUUGGUCCCUCCUGGUGAUGACGUUCAGUUCGAAGGAGGACUGUAUUCCAAUCUGUGGACGGCACACCCACCAUUCCAGAUAGAUGCAAACUUUGGAUUCACGGCUGCCGUUGCUGAGAUGCUGCUUCAGAGUAGUCUCACCGACCUGUACCUGCUGCCCGCGCUCCCACGCGACAAGUGGCCUGAAGGGUGUGUCAAAGGGUUGAGGGCUCGGGGCGACACCACUGUCAACAUCUGCUGGGGGAAACAGGAGCUUCAGGAAGCUGUGCUGUGGUCUAACAACAGAAAUAGUUCAGUUAUAAGGUUACAUUAUGGUGAACGAGUUACCGAGGCCACGGUUGCAGCUGGUAUUGUUUACAAGUUCAACGGGGAUUUACAGUGCGUCGAGACGAGGCCCCUUGACAAAUGCGCUUUUAAUUAAUUUCUGUGUGUGCAUAUAUUGAUGCAGGGGCCGUGAAUCCUUUUCCCUUUUCGAAAAAAAUAUUCAAUUUGCGUGUGACUUGAUGACAAUGUACUUUCUCUGUCCGGAAAUAAGUGAUGUGAAUUUGUAUAAUAAUCUAUACAAAUUCAGGUCACUUAUUUUGGGACGGAGAGAGUAUGAACCAUCUGUGUGUGAAUUGGUGUGGAUCAGAAUUUUAAUAUGUGUGGCUUGGUCAUUCAUAUAUGGGCAUAUAAGUGAAUUGGUGUAUCGUAUUAUGACUUA